GGUCACUUCAUUCCUAGAAUUGUACCAGUAGAGGGUUUUUUGUUGUUGUUUUUUGUUUGUUUUGUUUUGGUUGCCCCUCCUCAUCCUCUCUGCUUUUAGGAGAUCUUGAAGAAGCCUCAUAUCCAGGAGCGAUGUGCAGUUAGAGAAAACACACCAAAACUCAAAGUUUGUUGAAACAAAAGAAGCUACUGUAAGAGUCAUGGGGCCGGGGAAUUUAGCUCAGUGGUGCCGCGCUUGCCCAAGUGCAAGGACUUGAGUUUGCUCCUUGGUACCAGAGAGGGUAAAAAGAGUCAUAUAGAAGGCUAGUUCUGGUAGUGCAUUCACACCUGUGAUCCCAGCACUCUGGGAGGCUGAGGAGGAUCCCAAGUGUAAACCCAGCCUGGUCAAAUUAGGGAUUUAGCAAAACCCUAUCUCAAUACAAAAGAAUUUAAAAAGGACUGGGGAUUGAGCACAGUGGGAAGGCCCUGGGUUCAAUCUCCAGCAUCACAAAAAAAAAAAAAAAAAAGUAAGAGAGAGUAUUCAGUCACCAUGUUCCGGCACCUUCACGUUUCGACAGCAUUUCUAAUUAAAAAGUCAUUUUUAAAACAUCAAUAAAAAAGCAGCUGCCACUAGUUCAGGCGCCCUAAGGCUGUACAAAGAAGACCAGGCUCCAUCUGGACCUGCAGCAAUCCGGCAAUAAGGGGGUUGGUGGCUACCCCCCUCCCCCAAAGAAAAAUAAACUCUAGGGGAACUGUAUAAAAUGCAACACCCUGACGUUUUGAAGACGUGUCAUGUUCAAGCAUGUCCUCUCCGACGAGGCCGGCUUCGAGGCCUGCUUCGUCUCUCCUCUAUUCCCAUUCUGGGCCUCACCUCAGCGUAGCGCGCUAUGCCCCCUCACUCAGCCCAACUUCACAGGUCUGCGCCUGGUCCUGGCGACCCUCAUGCAGGACGAGCGCAAGGCCAGCUGCCCUCUCGCUGCACAGGCCACUCAGCGGUAUUGGUUAUGGGGGGCAGGACCUCUGACCGAGGGUGCGCCUGGCCUGGCUAUCGCCGCCUGGCUUCACCUCGCAGAACCCCCCUCGCCAAACCAGCAGUCGGGUGCUGGCGGCUCCCGGGCGUGGCGCUGCAUCACCCCGCGGCCCGCCUCGCCGCCACCUUCGACAUGCUGGGAAGCGCGGCGGCGGCAACUUUGCAAGUCGUGUCUCCCGCACCGCGUCCCCAGGCCUUGCGCUGGUCGCGUUCUCGGCGCCACGUGGAGGGCUCUCGGGCGCGGCUGGGCUUGCGCAGUGCGGGCUGCCUGUGCCCCAUCCGGGGGCUGGAGGUUCGGUGCCGAGGGCGGGCUAGGAAACCUGUGCAGGUCCCCGGGGAGCCUGGGAGGGAAACCGAAGACUCUCCUUCGGGGCCACAGCCUCACCUCGAGCUCUUGGAGCUUGUUUGGCGAGGGUUUAGCCACCUGCCCCCGCUCCACGGUGUCCGUAGGAUUCUAUGCAUGACUGUGGAACAAGACCACACCCACUGGUCGGACACUGGAUCAACGCAUCUACACCAGUGUGGACAACCCUGGUCACUCUUUCAUCAAGACUUUGGGCAUGGUGGCUGGAAAUGAGACCUGUGAGGUAGGGGGCCCCCAUAGUCUCCCUACUGACUCAAGUCAUCUUCCCAGUACUGUAAUUCCAGUUUAUUCCCCCUAAAAUUUUUUCACUUUCUCUCAAGACUAUUGGACCAUCCAUAAUGAAGUUUUCUGAACCAAUAAAAUUGAUCCAUAACUCAAGGUUAGGGAGGGAUUUCCUUUCUGUAACCACCUCUCUUGACUCACCUUCAGAUGUUUGCUGACCUGUUUGACCCUGUGAUCCAAGAGUAACAUGAUGGAUAUGACCCCCCAGAUGUUGAAGCACACCAUUGACCUGGAUGCCAUAAGGCAGGCCAAGUAUUCUACUUCUGAUUUGUGUUGCUGUAUGCAACAUUCUGUUGUUCCAGUCCCUAUACUUUGAUUGUUUCUUGACUCAUAGUCAUUAUAUUAUUGAUGUUGAUGGAGGGAAAGAAUCAUAUUUUAAGGAAUGGCAGAGAUGGAGAAGACAAGGUAGAUGAAAAUGACCAUGCCCUCAGGUAGGAAGUUUGGGGAAAAGUCCUCAGUGUCCUCUUCAGUUAGAGUGCUUGUCCAGUGGGCCCCUCCUUCUAUUGCUUGUACGAGGAAAUCACCGGGAGCCCUCUGAUCCCUAAGAUCUCUCUUUCCCCAAGAACCCACAUUUCCACCCUGAGGGUUUCUGUGACUUAUAUUCAUUUUCCUUUUUCCUCAGAUGCAUUCUGGCUCCUCCAUGAAAGGCAUUUAUUGUCCUCAAGAGUCAGAACUGGCUGAAGUACCUGGUGACUCAGUCUGCUUGCAGCCUGCAUUUAGGCAGAAUGAUGAGAGGUGGAAGGUGUUGUGUGGACGCACUGAGUAGCCUAAAGGGUGAUCUGGCUGGACAUCACUGCAGGCUAAGUGAGAUGACAGAGGCUGAGCAGCAGCAGUUUGUUGAUGAGAGGGGCCUUGAGAGCGAGCCAGGUGGGGAGAGCAGAUGGUAAAAAGGGCCACAGGAAAAGCUGGGCCAGAAAAGAUAGAUGGGCUCUGAGUGGCCCAGUGGCCACCAAAAGGAUUCUUAGCCCGAGUCGCUUUGCUCUCCCCAGGACCACUUUCUGUUUGAUAAGCCCACAUCUCCAUGCUGACGACAGGAGGAGUGGAUCAAGACUGGCCAAUGUUACUUACAUAUGAGACUGCUCCUUACCUAUUUUAUUCUCCAUGCCGACAAAAAUUCUUUUUUCCUCUAUCUCUCCCAAUUCUUGUCUUGCCUCUUGAUCACUUUACCUCCUGGCCCCA